AUGACUCAAAAUGAAAAAACCAAGGAAAUCAAUACUGUGCUAUAAUUGGCGCCGGGGCUGCUGGUCUGACCUCGCUAUUUGAACUUCUCAAUACUCGCAAUGGCGGAACGACAAACUUGCGUUACAGCGUUGACGGGAAAUUCGAUUGUGCAAGACCGAGGAAAACUCCAAUCCAGCGUUCCAAAAGAUUGUUAUUUUUGAAUCAAAAGCUCGCUUGGCGGAAUCUGGUCUCCUGGUUUCGAAAACCCUGAUAUUUUAGACAAGGAAGACUUGGCCUCUGAGCAUUACGAUGACCAACUCGUUCUGAAACCCCCAACAGAAAUUUCAUCAGAGCUUUCCCAUGAAAAGUUUACGUUUACUAAACCCUUGAUUGUGUUCCAUACAAAUGAGCCCAGCCCGAAAACCUGGGCUGCGAGUGGUAUUUAUCAACACCUUUAUUCUAACGUCUCGCAGAGACACCUUCAAAAUUCCUUCAUUUCAUACAGCGCAAAUCAGAAAGAGCAGAAUUCAAACAUUGCUCCGUUAAUGACCAACUUCUCUGUUACUGACAACCUUUUAGACUUUGCUAGUCGACAUCAACUUUAGAACUAUACGAGAACAAACACCGAAGUAGUCAAGAUCCACAAGAUCGCCAAUGGAUCGUGGAGAUUGACGCUAAAGAAGAGUGCGGACAACAGCAGUUUCAUUCAUUGGUACGAGGAGUCAUUUGAUGCAGUUCUCGUCAGCAAUGGUCACUAUUCAGUUCCCUACAUUCCAAGGGUCGAAGGCUUGUCAAAUUGGGUGGCUCAGUAUAAAGAUUCGGUUCUGCAUUCCAAAGCCUUUAGGGGAAAUGAUAUCUUCAGAGACAAGAAGUGCGUAUUUGUAGGAACAAAUUUGAGCGGAAUUGAUAUACCACAAUAUGUUUUUCCUGUCGCUAAAGAAGUGAUAGUAUCGAGAACUCCUGGCAAGAAGGAGAUUUAUCCCUGGUUAACUAAAGCUGCAACCUCAGAAGGACUUAUUCAAAAGCCCAGAAAAAAGAGCUGAGGCCGUUAGAAAACCGCAAGGUGAUAUUUCAAGAUGGUUCUUUUGUAGAACAAGUUGACCAUAUAAUAUUCUCGACUGGUUAUCAUUGGCAUUAUCCGUUUUUGUGUGAGGGAGAGUCGCACCUGAAUAUCAUAAAGUUAGGUCAAAAAUCUUUCAGAGACUCUACCUCUACGGUAGACGAGUUGUACUUGGAUACAUUUAGUAUUGAUGUUUCAAGUCUUGCAUUCGUUGGUAUUACAAUAACACCUUUGAAAUGGCCCAGCUUUGAACUUUGUGCUUCAGCUAUUGCUGAGGUUUGGUUCAGGGCCUCUUCACUUCCCUACAGGGAUGAGCAGCUCAGCGACAUCAGUGAAAGGAAAAAAAAGACAGGAGAGAAUCUGCUUUUCCAUUACUUCCGUCCUGAUCAAGUCGAAGAGCUCGUAACAAGACUUGGACCGCACAUGCCUAAAGGCAGAAAAGCUGUAGACAUAAUAGAUUUAGAGCAUUUAUCGGAAUUCGAUAGGGCAGCCGAAGUUGCGGAGUGA